GUGUCAGCGUGUGCGGCAAAAGAUCAAUGGGAAUGAUCGAGAGCGGAGGAGUGGCGUGCAAGUGUACGGGAAGUAGAAGCUACGGCUUCAGGGAAGCGACUUUCCAUGAGAAUCGAAUCUUUCUGAGUAAUCUCCGGAACGAUUCGAUGACUCCUCUGCUCCGAAACGGCCUUUGUUGUUCUCGAUGGCCAUCUGUUGCUGGUGCAAGAACCUGCAUUCUCAGCAUCGAUGGCCGAGAGAAAUCAAGAUCCACAAUAUUGUCAUCUAGACAAAAGAGGGUCCCCUUAUAUGUGAUGAUGCCAGUUGACACAUUUGGAAUUGAUACUUCAGGGAGUCCAAGGAUUAGAAAAAUCAAGGCCUUAACUGUCUCUCUAAAAGCACUCAAGUUGGCAGGUGUCCAUGGAAUUGCAGUUGAGGUUUGGUGGGGAAUCGUAGAGCGCUUCUCUCCUCUUGCAUACAAUUGGUCUCUCUAUGAGGAGCUUUUCCAACUGAUAUCUCAGAUGGGGUUGAAGUUGCACGUUGCCUUGUCUUUUCACUCAAACAGGCGUACAUCAUCUAGUGGAAGUGGAGAUGUUAGUCUUCCCCUGUGGAUUCUGGAGAUUGGUGAACACAAUAAAGAUAUAUACUAUCGAGACCAAAAUGGAUUUUCCAAUGAUGCUUAUCUUACACUAGGAGUGGACCAAAUUCCUCUGUUUUGUGGCCGGACUGCUCUCCAGUGUUAUGAAGACUUCAUGUUCAGUUUUGUUAACAAAUUUGACUCCUUUAUUGGAAGUGUGAUAGAGGAGAUAAGUGUCGGUCUUGGUCCUUCCGGAGAACUUAGGUAUCCGGCCCAUCCUUUUGGUGAUGGCAGGUGGAAGUUUCCUGGAAUUGGUGAAUUUCAGUGUUAUGACAAGUACAUGAUGGAGGACUUGAGGAUGACUGCAGCCCAAGAAGGAAAGCCUGAGUGGGGAGACAAGGGCCCACAGAAUGCUGGCUAUUACAACAGUCUCCCAUCUGGGGUCCCUUUUUUUGGCGAAGGAGAAGAAGGCUUUCUUUCUGAUUAUGGUCGGUUUUUCCUUGAAUGGUACAGUUGUAGGUUGAUUCAGCAUGCAGAUGCUAUUCUUGCAAAGGCAGCUAAUAUUUUGAAGAAGUAUCAAGAAAACAAGAGAACUAGCGUUAUAUUAGUGGCUAAAAUUGGUGGCAUAUAUUGGUGGUACCGGACAGUAUCACACCCUGCUGAACUUACAUCUGGUUACUACAACACUGCUUGUAGGGAUGGUUAUGAUCCUAUUGCUCUGAUGUUGUCUCGUCAUGGUGCUGCAUUGCACAUUUCCUGCUUAGAAAUGUUGGACAGUGAAACCCCACCAGCCUAUCUUUGCAGCCCGGAAGGAUUACUUGAACAGAUACAGACUGUUUCAAAGAGAAGGACAAUACAUUUGAUUGGAAGAAAUGCCAAUGAACAAUUUGACAAGGCUGGAUUAUGUCAAAUAUACGCAAACUGUUACCAUCCAAAGGCAGUUGUAAGAGCACUUACUUUUUUCAGAAUGAAUGACAAGAUUUUUAGGGUUGAAAACUGGAAGAACUUUGUCCCCUUUGUUAGAAAUAUGAGCACAGAUUUAGUGUAUCUGGAGACCUGAAUUUCGAUAAUACUGGACGUUCACUCAAAGCAACAAAAAUUAUAUUCAAAUCUCAAAGAAAAAAAAAAAAAAAAAAAAGAAAAAAAAAAAAAAGAAAAGAAAAGAAAAAGGGCUAGGGAUUUCAAUGCCUAAAUUUUAGCAUUGCUUGCCUUUUCUGGCAAUCAAGAGCUUCGGCAGAUGGAGUGGCAGUUGUUAGAUGUGAAGCUGGUCUUGCAACCAUGCUCGUUGCUCUUAUGUAACUUGCAGGAGUUUCUUGCCCAGAUAUGUAAAGAAAGCACCAUUCAGCAUCAGAUCUCCAUCUGACCUCCAAUUCCAAUUCUUCCACUCCGCAUAUUCUGAGUAUUCAUGUUUAGUCACCUGGAAAAUAAGUACCUCUGAGAGAACAGGUAUUGGUAUAGGAUCGAGGGUUUGGAUGCAGGUAAAGUUUGGCUUUGAAUCUGGUCAAUCCUAACUCGGUGCAGGUCCUUCAGAACUCCAACCAGUUGAGUUAGGUGAAGGUUUCACUUCUUUUGAUAUUAAGUUUCUAUUUACUUGACCAUUCAGUCAAUUUUGUGCUGUUCUCUUUUAGUUUGAACUUUUUUUAUUUGGUUCAUUGUGUUUAUCCCAACCAGGAGAAACAAUUGUGCUAUUUUCUAAAUGGCCUCUAUGUUCUGUUUAUAGUUGAUAAAUAAUAAUGAUAUGGUUUUAUAGCA